AUGGGCUCCUAUUGCUCGUGCUUGAAGGCUUCACACGCGCUAAAGUUUUCCAAACCCUCACGCGUUCCACCCGACCCGGAGCUUUUCCCGCGGUACUUUCAGAACAAGCAGGGCUUGUGGCUGCACUUUGCAGAGUGGGCGCCGCCACGCGAGGUGCCCAACGUGCGUGCGGUGCUGUUCCUCAUCAGUGGGGUUGCAGAACACACGGCACGGUAUGAUUCCGUGGCGUUGACGUGUGCCCGCGCAGGCUACCACGUCUUCUGCAUGGACAAUCAAGGGGCCGGUGGGAGCGAGGGAAAGCGGCUCUACGUGGAAAACUUCUACGAUUUUGUGGACGACUUUCUGCUGUUUAAGCAAAUUAUACUUUCCCGCUACCCGGACUACGCCACACUGCCCUGCUGCCUGUUGGGGCAUUCCAUGGGCGGCUUGAUCGCUGCACACGUUGCGCUACGUGACCCAGACGCGUGGGCCGCCGUCGUUCUUAGCGGCCCAGCACUUCAAUUCGACCCACAAUUGACCACACCCUUCAUGCGCUGGCUUGCAUUUAAGCUUUCCAAAUGUUUCCCAAAGCUUGGUGUAAAGGCAGUCGACACCAACCUCAUCAGUAACAACCGCCCAAUUGUGGAGCUUGCCAAGCAAGACCCAUUUAUGUCUUCCGCCCCUCUUACGGCACGCUGGUUUGCAGAGAUGCUGCGCGCCAUCGAUGACAUGUGGGAAAAGAUGGAUAGAAGCACCUUUCCGCUUCUCAUUGUGCACGGCAGAGAUGACAGCCUGUGCGCUAUCAGCGGCUCUCGUCGGUUUGUAGAGUUGGCGCUCUCAAGCGACAAAACACUCAUUGAGUAUGAUGAGUUAGCGCACGAGGUUCUCAGUGAGGUCUCGUGGAAGAAGGUUAUGAGGGACGUUCAGUCCUUCUUAGACCGCCACUGUCCCUCUAGAUAA